AUUUUCUUUUACUGUGAUGUGAAGCUGACCCCUAACUUCACUCUUGUCGCGUGGGCUUUUCUCUCUCUAUCUUUUCCUUUUUUUUCUCUUUCUGGGGUUUUUUCUCUCACUAAUCUUGCUGCUCGGCAGCUAGCUUCAAUGGCGACGGAAGAGCUCAACAAACCUCCUUCGAUUCCUCCAUACCCACAGAUGAUUAUGGAAGCACUAGAUGCUCUGAAACAAACUGAGGGUGCGAACAAGUCAGCAAUAUCCAAAUACAUGGAGUCCAAAUACGGCGAAAUGCCUGCCGGCCACGCAGAUCUGUUGUCACAUCACUUGAACAGAAUGAAGGACAGUGGGGAGCUUCUGUUCAUCAAGAACAACUAUGUCAAGCCCGGCCCAGAUGCACCACAGAAACGCGGCCGUGGCCGCCCCCCAAAGCCGAAGGAACCCCUUCCCGCUGGCGCCAUAGCUGCCGCUCCUCGGCCUCGGGGCCGUCCAAGGAAGGAUCCCAAUGCACCACCUGCCCCCAAGAAACCGAAGCCUCCAGCUGGCCCCCCAAGCAUCUCUAAGACCGGAAGGCCUAGGGGAAGGCCAAGGAAGGUGAAUCCGCAGCCAGUGCAGAAUGAAGUGGAGGCAUGAAGACAGAGACUGGAAAUGGAGGUUAUCAUCACCGGCUCUUUUAACUUAUGAUGUGUGCGUUCGUGACUAGGUGGUCUCUCAUGGUGUUUUUAACAUUUAGUGUUUGUAUUUAGUGUAGUUAGCUAAGGUUGGUGUAACUAGGUUAGUAUUUGUCUACUGCUACUUGCUGUUUCAACUGGAGACAUACUUAACAGUCAGUAUUCUGGUGGUGUUUGUAACUUUGUACUCUUACAUUUACAAUUGCAGUUCUUGAAUGGUCGGGUAUUCCUAGUGGAUCAUCUCUGUAGCGAAGAGAAGUGUCAUCUACUACUAGGAAUUAGUACUAGUUAUUUUCCCGGCUUGCUUAAUUGGAUGCAUUUCUUGGCAA